AUGCGGGAUAGGAUACUUACAAAAGUACAAGCAACAUGUGGAUUUAUUAGUGGUGUGACUGCCCCCAAGUUGCUUAAUCAUAAACGAAUUCAUACGCCGCAAGAUGUAAUUGAAGAUAUUCGAGCAAUAUAUGGGGUUGAAAUAUCAUACCAGCAAGCAUGGCGUGCUAAGGAACGUGCACUAGGAAUGCUAAAGGGUAAACCAUCAGAUGGAUAUAAGCAGAUGCCGAGAUACAUAUGGAUGCUAAAUAAAGUGUAUCCAAAUUCAUAUAUAAGGAUGCAAAAGACGGAAAAUAAUCAAUUCAUGUAUCUUUUCAUAGCACUAAGGCCAUUGAUAAGAGGGUUCGACUAUUGCAGACCAGUAGUUAUAGUGGAUGCUGCACCUCUUGGCGGGGCUUACAAAGGUACUUUUGUAUCAGCGAGCACACUCGAUGGUGCAGCACUAAGGCCAUUGAUAAGAGGGUUCGACUAUUGCAGACCAGUAGUUGUACUGGAUGCUGCACAUCUUGGCGGGGCUUACAAAGGUACUUUUGUAUCAGGGAGCACACUCGAUGGUGCAUGUAUGACUAUUGUUGCAUAUUGCCGCACUGAAAAUGACUGUUCGUGGACAUGGUUCUUCGAACAAUUCAAAAAUGUAUUUGGCGAGCGUGAAAACAUGUGUAUUGUAUCAGAUAGAAAUGAAAGUAUUAUGAAGAGUGUAAGCAUUGUGUUCCGAAAUGUACCUCAUUGUGCAUGCAUAUGGCAUCUUUGGAAGAAUGUAUGUUCAAACUUUAAAAGGAGUAAAAACACACUAAGUGAUAUAUUUUACUCAAUGGCAAUUGAUUACAAAAAUGAAGAUUUUGAUAAAUUAAUGGCUAAGGUGGUGAAAGUUGAUCAUAGGGUGAAGGAUUACCUUGAGGAUGCUGGGUAUGAGAAGUGGUCAAGAGUUCAUUCAAUAGUAAACAGAAGUAGAAUGAUGACUUCAAACAUCGCAGAGUGUAUCAAUGGCUGCCUUGUUGAUGCACUUUAUGAAGCCGGAAGAAGAUACAUUGUAUGGCUUGAGCGGAAAAUAUGUACGUGUGGAAGAUUUCAACAUGAUGAGAUACCUUGCGAACACGCAAUUACAGUUUUGAAGCACAAGAAUGUUACAGAUAUGCAUCCAUAUUGCUCUGAUUACUACAAGUCGGAUGCAUUAGAAAAAAUCUACGAGGUUGCAAUGGUUCUAAUGCUAGAUAAGGAGGAUUGGACCGUUCCAGACUAUGUUUUAGAUGAAAUUGUCUUGCCACCUAGGUACAGAAGGUUGGCUGGACGACCAAGGAAUCGAAGAAAGAAAAACGCGGAUGAGAAGAUAACAGUGAACAAGAAUUCUUUUGGGCAAUGUGGACAAGAAGGUCAUAACUGGAGGACUUGUACUUUCUUUCCGAAAGAGAAUUGA